CAAUGGUGUAAGGCUCAGACCUCAUCAUGCCCGCUCCUCUGUCUUCAAUUGCCUGGAACGACGAGCCAGCCAAAGGAGAAUACUUGCGAUCCUAAAACAUUGUACUAUGUCUGUGACUGCAGUAAUGGCCUAAGCCCGAAUUCUUCGCAAUAUUCUCAGACGAUCCCGUACUUUUUGUGCACAGAAGAAAACAAUGAGUGUGUCACCAACUGCAACGGCAAUUCAAUCUGCCAAUCGGAUUGCCGCAGCCAGCACCCUUGUGGUGCGCAGGACCCCAAGCGGGUGAAUACCACUUCGACAUCAAACUCAACUCCAGCUGCUACUGCUGCUUCCACCACAACCUCACUGGCACCCUUCACUGGUGUGCCCGAUGAGGGCGCAGCAGCCCGAUCAUCGACAGACAUGAUUCAGCUUUACGGUCUGGUGACUGUUGUGGGUGCAUUCCUGGCCGGAUUCACGACCUUGAUCUAG